GAGCAGGAUCAGAUUGGUGCCGCAAUGUGCAAUGGAUGGAGCUUAAAUUUUCACUUUUCAUCGUCUAUCUUUAUUUGUGUAUCAGCAGUUGUAUGACUAUGUUCUCUAGGCUGUUACCGGUGUAAUUACAUUUGAAUCAGUGCUUUUUAUAAUUUAGAUUUGCCGACAAGUUAUCUUCGAGUAUGCAAUAGCUAAAUUUCAGUUGCACGUUAUAAUGUAAUGGGUGAAUCUACUGAGUUGCUGUUUCUGCAUUUAAAAUUAUACAAUUUAUUGUUCUUGAGCAUACAUAGGUUUCAUCGAGUGUUUGACACCAAAAUUGUUUGGUUUGUAUAGUGCUAGUUGUUGAUUCAGUGCAUAAUAGAAUUUCUAUAAAUACAAUUCAAAAGGCUGAUGUGUUUAUCGACGUGUGACAUUCUUUGAUUUUUGUCAGUACGGUAGUCGGUCGGUAGUGUUAUUUCUAGGAUUCCCUAGAAUUUCCUCGGAAUGCCUGGAAGUCGUGCAAGUAAUGACCCAGAAUUAAAAUCACCUCGGGAAAGUGGCGAGGAUUCCGAGGAUGAAAGCGAAAUUUUGGAAGAGAGCCCUUGUGGACGAUGGCUUAAACGACGUGAAGAGGUUGAGCAGCGCGAUGUGCCGGGCAUCGACAGUGCCUACCUGGCAAUGGACACAGAGGAGGGGGUGGAGGUGGUGUGGAAUGAGGUGCAGUUCAGCGAGCGAAAGAACUUCAAGGCGCAGGAGGAGAAAAUACAGACCGUGUUCGAGAACCUCACCCAACUCGAGCACUCCAACAUUGUCAAGUUCCACAGGUAUUGGACGGACACGCAUAACGACAAACCUAGGGUAAUUUUUAUAACGGAAUACAUGUCGUCGGGCUCAUUAAAACAGUUCCUAAAAAGGACGAAGAGGAAUGUGAAGAAACUACCACUACAAGCUUGGAAAAGAUGGUGCUCUCAAAUUCUCUCUGCGCUCAGUUACUUGCACUCCUGUUCUCCACCUAUCAUCCACGGGAAUCUGACGUGUGAUACGAUAUUUAUUCAACACAAUGGCCUCGUGAAAAUAGGAUCAGUCGCUCCAGACACGAUACACCACCAUGUUAAGACAUGUAGGGAGAAUAUGAAGAACAUGCACUUCAUUGCACCCGAAUACGGAGCGUGCGUGACGCCGGCGAUCGACGUGUACUCGUUCGGCAUGUGCGCGCUAGAAAUGGCCGCCCUCGAGAUACAGGGCAACGGCGACUCGGGCACGCUGGUGACGGAGGAGCACGUGCAACGCACAAUCGACAGCCUCGACGAGCCCUGCCAGAAGGACUUUGUGCGCAAGUGUCUGGCGCAGGACCCCGCCCUCAGGCCACCCGCCCACGACCUGCUCUUCCAUCCGCUGCUCUUCGAGGUGCACCCGCUCAAGCUGCUCGCUGCCCACGUGCUUGUCAACAGUGCAGCGAACAUUUCGGAGUCAAUAAUUGAGCAGGUGGUUCAGAAGCAGUUUGGACCGGAUGUGGUUGUAGCCGAAAUAAUCAAGAACGGCAUACCAGUUGUACAGAUGCGAAUGUCCGACAUCCCUGUCUCUGAGAAACUGGAAAAAUUCGUCGAAGAUGUCAAAUUCGGCAUUUACCCUCUGACAGCGUACCGCGCUAAGAAGCCGCCACCCCCGCGACCCCGCGCCGCCUCGCCCGAGAUGACCGAGUCGGUGAAGUCGGUGACACCCGAGCCACUCGACAUCGAGGCUCGCCGAGUCGUCAACAUGAUGUGCAACGUCAAGCCCAAGGAGCAGGCUUGUCAAGAGCUCGUCAUGACGAUAUUGUUGAGAAUGGACGACAAAAUGAAUCGCCAGCUGACCUGUUAUGUGAGUGACAUUGACACAUCCUUGGCUCUCGCUCAGGAGCUGGUGCACUUCGGAUUCAUUAAUGAGGCUGACAAAGAGAAGAUAGCGAAGCUGAUCGACGAGACACUUUUGAGUGCAAACGGAGUGAGAGAGAUAGAGAUGCAAGCUGUAGCUGCAACCACGGCAACGGCAGCACUGCCGCAGCUACAAGCCAGCAGUUAAUAGCGGCUUAACGGCCGUCAAAAGUUAACGGCCUCCUCCUCCUCCCACUCUUCUCCUCCCCCCACCCGUCUUCUUUUCUUCGCUGCUGCAGCCGCCGCUUCUCCCCCUCUCCCUCCCCCCUCUUCACACUCUUCUCAUCUAGGCGAAAUUCGAUUCGAUCGAGAAACUAUAAGGCUGGUAAAAUAAUAUUUAAGUUUACCAAAUAAGAGAGAAAGAUUGUUAAAUUUAGUGUAAUUAUUAUGACUCGUUUUACCAUCCACGUUUUGAAUUCUGUUGUUAGUGUAAUAAUACUACUACUAUUACUGUACUUUUAUUAUUUGUAAGUGUCGAUGAGCGUAUCAUAGUUGUUUUUCAUUUUCAGUGAUUUUUGUAGGUGAAUUUUACUUCUGUAGACAGUGAGACCUCGUUGUGUUCUGAUGAUCCCAAUUUUUGUUGACCAAUCAUGAUAAAUAACAUUCAGAAUGACCACCAAAUCCGGAUAAAAUUUUGUUGAUUUCUCUUGACUUGAAAACAAAAACUUGAGCAGACUUUUGAAGAACCUAAUCCCAAUCUCUGGUCGACCGAAAGUUAGUUAUAAUCUGAGGGAGAAAAUUAGAUCGGAAUAGAAAAACACCAAAUCCGGAUAAAAUUUUGUUGAUUACUCUUGACUUGAAAACAAAAACUUGAGUAGACUUUUGAAGAAUCUAAUACCAAUCUCUGGUCGACCGAAAGUUAGUUAUAAUCUGAGGGAGAAAUUUCAAUUAGAUCGGAAUAGAAAAACACCAAAUCCGGAUAAAAUGUUGUUGAUUACUCUUGACUAGAAAACAAAAACUUGAGCAGACUUUGGAAGAACCUAAUAAUUGAAUCCCAAUUUUUGGUCGACCGGUAGUUAGUUAUAAUCUUAGAGAGAAAUUAAAUUAAAUUUGGAUAGAACUUCGGUUUCCUAUUUUGACUUGAGCUGACGUUUUGAAAAUGGUUACACGCCUAAAUAAUACUGAAAUUCUGAUAAAAUUCAAUUAUUUUGUUUCAAUUACCAAUUUCUAUCAUCUUCUAAUCAAUGAUUUUCUCAUUAUUGAUCUUUUUUUUGUAAUAAACCAUUUUCGGCUCGUUCGAAAAAAUCAAAUUCCAGUUACAGAAUGAGGUUUGCAUCAAAUUUUGGUUAGAAAUUUGACUGCAGAUCAAUAAAAUUUUCAAAUUCACAAACUACUGUAAGUACUUAGAGAAUGUUUAUCUAUACUUUGAAAACUAUUUCAUUCAUUUUCCUAUUUGAUGGACAUUUUGGUAAAAUCUAUCUCAGUGAGAAAAUCAGGUCAUAAAUAAUAUCAUGAUGAAGCAAUAAAAUAUUUUCUUCUCAAGGAUAGCAGGUAAAUUAGAUUAUUAUUAUUGCAAAAUAUCGAUAAUAAAACCAUCCGAACCACUUGAAGGCCGUCUGCUCAAUAAAUCGAUAAAAAUAACUCAAUUUUUUAAAUAAUUUUAUAAUUUUUCCUUUUAAAAAAUCAUCAAAUCUGCCAAAGUCGAGUGUAGAUCUCCUUCCCAUCCAGUUACACAUCGUUAUUGCAUAUAAUUUAGGUAAUAAGCUUUUUAUCAAUUUUAAGUGUUUGUAUUUAUUGAAUAGCAUCAUCACAACUGCAUUGUCGAUCUACUUAGUCGCUAAUCGUUUACAUUCCAAAAGUUAAUUCUAGUGAAAAUGGUAAUGCAUUACUGAUUAUAGGCCUACAUUUUAUUAAGAAGAAAAUUCAGGUUUGUAGAAUGGGUUUUUGUAAUUUUUCACAACCACUUCAUCCACAUUGGACAUUUUGUGCAGAAGUUUUAUUAUUAGCAUUUGUAGCCAGAACGGUGUAUUCAUGAUGAUUAGUCAGGUUGUAAGUUGAGCAAAUUGUGAGUACCGUACCAAUUAGAAAUUGGCACUGAGGUCACGUUUCUUGAAUUUCUUAAUUUAAUAUUGAUUAAAAACAUUUGAGAAUUAACUUCUCUCAAAAAUUUUACUUUCACUUGAUAAUUUCAAUACAUAACUGAUGAGUUUGUUGAAUUUAGUGCUUAAUUAUUAUUAUUGUUAAUGAUAUAAAUAGCAAAUUUAUUGUAUUUUGUGCACAAUCAGUUCUAUCACUCAACUCACAACUUGCGUGUCAUGAUAUAUACUAUAUUCUGUUCAGGGAUUUGUGCUACAUAAAUAUUUAGGGCCGGUUUCCGAGCUUGGGAUUUGGCUAAGUUCUAGAUUUUAAUCAGCUGGAGUCAGAAAAUUGGCUUUCCGAAACGGGGCGUGGUCGCAGUCAUUGUUACAGUCACGUUUGAAUUAAGUUUCGAAUAACUAGAAAAUUGAACACAAAAUAAAAUGAAGAAAAAAUAGUGUGAAGUUUCAGCUAUUUUGAAUUAUUUUGGAAUGUUGAAUUUCGACAAGGAAAAACGUUUCCAAUUAAGAAAAUGAGAAAAUAAAAACUGCGACUGUUAUUAAAACUGCGACUACGCCCCGCCCCGUUUUGGGAAGCCAAUUAACUGCCCCGUUUUGGGAAGCCAAUUUUCCAACUUCAGCUGUUUAAAGUCUAGAACUUGGCUGAAUCGCGAGCUCGGAAACCGGCCCUUAAAGAUUUUCGCCUCUGUAGUCUUCGGCUCGAUGCACCCACUUCAAUCAAGCUUUGAAUCCUUGAUUAAUUUGGAAAUUCUGUUUGGAUUACAUAGUCACAUAUUGGUUCUUGUUUGUGCCGCAUACUGUGUAUGGAGAGAGUAUCAAGACCCAGUGAACAUAAAAAAUUAGGUAAAAUUAUCAGUGAUUUUUAUCUUAUUUUGUCAAAGUCAAUUGUAUAUUAACUUUAUUUCAUAUAGAAUUUUCAGAUCUUAUUUAUUUGAUAAUGACAUUUUUUGAAUCCAAUAUUGUUUUCUCUAAAGCUUCUAAUGGAAAAUAAUUUAAAGUUUCAAUCCUGGUCAGACAAAAUUAUUAUAUUCGUUCAAUUAAAGCUAAUUUCUGUUAAUUUGUAUCGUUUAGUUUUGUAAAAUUUAUCGUUUUAUUGUGUUUUACAGAAUCAAUCAUUGAUCAAAUAACUUAUUUGAGUAACAUGAAAUUUAUAUUGAUAAUCAUCGGUAAAUAAUUGAUAAAAUGACUAAUAUUUCGCUUGGUCUUCACGCUUCACUCUACCACACAAUUUUCUCCGAAAUCUGAAAUCUUUGAACCAUUGCCUUGACAAUGCAGUUAGUAGAGUCAAUAAAUGUUAAACGACCAAAUAGCUGUAGAUGAGAGUCAGAGAUGCUACUAGUGAAUUGAAAUAUUCUGUGAUCAGUGAGUCACGUGAUAAAGUGACCCUCUAAGUUAUGAGUCAGUCAGAGUCGCUUAAUGAGUUUUUCGCAUCAGGCUUCCUUCUAAAAUACUCUACUACUAUUUGUCGUUGUAAACAAGUCACACUAGUUGUAUAUAUUUGAAUAAUUGUGAAUAAUAGUAAUAAUUUUGCGAACGGAUCUAUUUUUGAGCGUAAGGAAUUGCGAUGUGCGAAUAAUUAAUUAUUGAUGAAGACGAGAUACAAUUAGGUUAUAGACAAGAGCUUUCGAAAGAGGUGUCAGUGCCAGAAUUAGAUGAAUCUGUAAAUUAUAUAUUAUGAUAUAAAUAUUAAUUUAUAGUCUAUAGCCGACUGUCGUUUUUAUCGUAAAAUAUUUUUGUAGGAUUCGAAUCAAAAAUACAUUUCACUUUGGAAUGGACGGUAGAUGCGGUUUUGUGCGUCUAUUGUGUAAUAUAUAUUGAAUAGUAAGACUCCAGUUCAGACCUGCUUUUGUUUAAAUCAAUUUCUAAAGUUCUGUUUCUUAUCAAUAAGUUUCCAUUUGUGUGCCUAAAAUGAAUCAUUAACAACAUAAAAAUUAUAAAUAUCCAACAAUAAGCCACUAGAAAAACAAAAUAUCAAAAUAAAGCAAUUAUAUUUUUCAUUCAAUGAAACUUAUCCCAAAGUUAGGGUAAAACUCAACUUUUCCGCCCAAAGCUGUAUUUCAAAACCCCAAAUUGGAAUUAAAGUUUAAUCUGUUCAUUUUUUCUUCUCAAAACACAGUGACAUUGUCAUAUCUACUUAUGAACGAACAUAAAAUAAUGUAAAACUCUUCCAAAAAUGUAUCUCAGUUCAAUGCAAAUAUUCAAACUGAACGCAAUACUGAACCUAAACACAUAUCUUUGACUAGUUUCUAGUCUUUACCACUUUUCCAUUGAAGUGAAACCAAAUUUUAAAGUUUUCAUUGGUGAAAUUGAGUGAUUGUGAUAUUAGAAACUCACGCUGUGUCCCUUGAUAAGCACAAUAUCCAAAUUAUCAUUUAAAUUAAUUAUUUUUCCUCUUUCAAAAUUGAUGGCUUCUCUUGAUUGAGAUAGUGAUAAUGCACAAUUUUUUGUAAGUCUUCCUUCAAUAAAUUUUCAGUAGUCGAAUUGGAUAAAUUUUUAAACACGAACAAAACUAGAUUGUUUUUAACGGAAAACAGUUUUGAUCGUUGAAUAUUAUUUCAAUCUAGUUACAACAUUGGUCUGAACUCGGCUUAAAUCGUUAUCGUUUAAAUUGUAUGUUAGUCCAAUAGAUUUACGUUGUAGUUUCACGACUGAUAAAGAAAAAGAUUAAAGACAUUCUAAUGUACUGUUCGAACUAUUGUAUAAAUUAUACUGCAAGUGCGGUUUAAUGAUUUGCUCUCAAUAUCUACUCUUUACGAAUAAUUCAUUUUAAUUCUUUGUUCCAACCCUGAGUGGAGAAAAUUAAUAUUGAAUGAUCAAUAUGGCUAUAUAAAUAAAUACUGAUAGUACUUCAAUGUAAUAUCAUUAUUAUUACACUAUAACUUUAUGUUUUAUCUGAAUUGUAACUAGAAACCAGUUAGGAAUUGAACAAUUAAAUAAAAAUAGAUCAUGGUUUAUGAAAUGGUGUACAAGAUUAUUUAUUCACUAUUAGUCUCACAUUUAUUUUCCCAAUUUUUUACAGAAAAUGCACUUACUGCAUGCAAUUCAUGUAUUGUUGUCAAACUUCCAAUAUUGACUUAUAGGUGAUCUACGUAAUAUCACUGCUUGGAUUAUUUCAGUGUUGAAAACAAAACUAUGUUUUUAUUUUAUUAUAAAAUUUGACAAAAUUAUCAGGAUUCACUCAGGAUUCUAAAAUCAUUUUCUACUACAGGAAAAUAUUUUUUAAUCCAAUUUAUGUCACUAAUAAUUUUACACUUUGAUCGAUAUGUCCCCUUGGUAAAGAGGUAGAUAUUCUGAGCAACUCAUUUGUUCGAUUGAAAUGAAAAUAAUUUAGGCUAAUACGAUACUAUUGAGAUGAAAGAAAAGGCUGUUAGUUUUUCCAAUGCAAAUUUUGUGUAUAAUUCAUAAUUUAUUUCAAAACAUCAAACUGUAAAUAGUACACGAUUGGUUAAGUACCGUACAUAAAUACAAACUGGUCGAUGUCAAAUGAAUUUUAUUGCUCUAAUCCGUAAUUUUUUAUCCCGUUGUUCUGGCAUUUUCUCAGUAGCUUGAUACAUGAUACACUUCGAAUGGAUACAUGAUACACUUCGAAUGCUACGGGAAAAUUUCGUAUCACUCUGUAUGUAUUUUCAAUCUUCUAAUUAGUUUCAUUCUAUUUUGUUCAGUAUUUAUUUUAAUAGUUUCGGUUUUAAUCAACAUAGAUGCAUAUUACAAUAUUGAUAUAUUGCUAUUACAUUAUGUAUUCAGUUUGGGAAGAGAAGCUUUUUAAUUUGUAUAUUGGUGUAAUAAUACAUGUAAUACAUAUCCUUUCUCCAUUAAGUCAUUUUCUGUUCUGAAAUUCAAUGUAUUAGUGUUUUUUGGUCUUUAUAAUAAAAUUAUGAUUAAUUUACUGUUCAGAAACUCAGUGUAAUACUAAUGUAUUUAUUGUGUAUAUACAUAAUAUUCAAAUCCACAGAUUGUAUGAUAACAAUCUCACUUCAUACAAAAAUGUAACCACAUAUCAUUUAAUACAAAUUAUUAGUAUGGGUUUCUAUUCUUUCUGUAGUUAAUUUUCACACCAUCAUAUGCAACAAUAUAUUCAAAUAAUCAUUUCCCAGUUCACGUUUAAGCUUGGACACUGUGAUUUGUAUCUAUGCCAAUAAAAUUUCUUGCUAUUUACGUCAAUAUUCCACAUUAAAUCUUCAGUUUUAUUGUAAAUUUUCAUUUAUUAUUUUAUUCAAUGAUGGCAUUUUUGUGUACUAUUAUUUUUAGUUUUGUGGUACAUCUGCAAGUUGAUGGUUUCUCUUCCCCACCCGUCACUAUGUAACCCCCGACUGCUAUCUAUUUAUUAAAAGAUGCUUUUGACAUA